AUGACCUCUUAUACAGAUAACGAACGCGAAGCCUUUGCUGUAUCCACUGGACCUUUUGAAUACCCCGAAGUGGGUGUACGCGACUCCGUUGUUUCCUCCGAGUUGGGCACGGAGGCCAACCCCAUAGUGAUCGGAGAUGACCCUGCUCCACUGGGCUCAGCCUCUACCGAAGGGAACAUGCGCGGCUCUCCAAAGCCCGAGGGCACGCAGUCGAAUGCAAUUUAUCCUAAAAAUUGUUCUUCUCCACUUGACUCGGCUCCUAAAGUAAUCUACGAGGAUUGCUACGAUGACACAGAUCAGCUUAGUUCUGAUGCCGAUACAGAGGUCAUGACUUCACCACAAUUCAGGGCUGCUUUAGUUGAUGAGAGUCUCCCUGACCCAGCAGAUGAGUGUGAAGCUGUUGCUACAGCUUCGAUCUGCGACUCAACUAGUCAUGAUCCCGAAGACCUUCGCAUUGAGGAACUGCCCACGGAUCAUCCUCAGUCCGAUGAGAAGGCACCGCAAACGAUUGACGAUUCUUCCCUUGAUUUGCAGGGCUGCGACACUCUUCAGACGGGAAGGCGCGAGAACGGUGCCUACGCUUCUACGGGUAAGUUGGAUUAA